UCCGAUUCGAUAUGCCACCUCCAUCACCACAAUCACCUGCACCUUGAUCAAGGACAAUCCCAACUCCAACCACUUAGUCUCCCAACCACAGCGUGUCAGCAGAGCUCCACCGGUAAUCCCUCUCACCGCCAACGACCCCGGUUUGAAGUCAACAUGGUCCCACCGUGGAUGGGUUGCAAACAGGAUGUGCUACCGUGCUCUUCUCCCUCGCCAAGGCUGCCGUCGGUGCAGCUAGCGUGCACAUUUGGCUCGAGCCAGUGCUCGCGGGGUACAUGGGUUACAUCCUGGCUGAUCUUGGCUCGGGAGUGUACCACUGGGGCAUUGACAACUACGGCGAUGCAUCGACGCCAGGGUUCGGUUCUCAAAUCGAGGCCUUCCAGGGUCACCACAAGUGGCCAUGGACGAUUACCAGGCGCGAAUUCGCCAACAACCUGCACUCCCUGGCUCGUGUCGUGGCGUUCUCAGUGCUUCCUGUGGAGCUGGUGUGCAGUGACCCUGUUGUGCUUGGCUUUGUGGGGAUGUUCUCCGGGUGCAUUAUGUUCAGCCAGCAGUUUCACGCUUGGGCUCAUAGUACGAAAAAGCAAGCUGCCGGCAGCGGUGGUGGCAUUGCAGGAUGCUGGAGUUCUGGUGUCCAGGGGGCAGCACGCUGAUCACCACCGACCGCCGUACAACAACAACUACUGUAUAGUGAGUGGGAUAUGGAAUGACUUGCUGGACAGGAAUAAGGUGUUCGAGGUGUUGGAGAUGGUGGUUUACUUCAAGCUAGGGGUGAAACCUAGGUCCUGGAGUGACCCCAACUCUGCCUGGACAGAAGACGAGGAUGCCGAGAUCACAAUCUGA